AUGAUGUAUGGUGUUAAUUCUUCUUUUCAUAAUGCUCAAAGUCGAGGUUUGAAAUGUCAACACUUUCCAGGUGACAAUGCCAACAAUACGAUUUUAAUGGCUGCUGAUUAUAUCGGAGCUGCUGAAAUAGCUGGUGAAAAUAACACGCUCUAUUACUGA